AUGGUGAAGAUAAUUUGCGCUGGGUUUCAAAAGACCGGAACAAAGUCGCUGAGCAGAGCGCUAGAAAUUCUUGGAUAUAAAGUUUACGAUGCUGGAGAAGUUUACAUGUACAUGAGAAACACUUGGAUGGACUUUUUCAAGGGCAAAAUAACUAUCGAAGAUGUCUGCAGAGAAUAUGAUCGACAAAAAGUCGAUGUCGUUGUUGAUGGCCCUGCAAACUACUUUUGGGAAGAAAUGAGCAAGUAUUGGCCGGACGCGAAAGUCAUUUUGACGAUGAGAGACAAUGAGGAUAAGUGGUACGAAAGCAUCGUCAAGUUCUACAAAGGCAUCGUUCGGUGGGUUGGCAAACUCGCUUACCUGGGUUAUUUAACACCUUAUGGCUAUCUUACCGAAAAACACCUCACACUUCCAUACCACAUGCUCGUAUUUGGCAACUGCAACUUCCACCCGCUCGUGCAAGACUUCGACAAUGUCAACAACGAAAGCAUUUACAAGCGCAAAUAUCGAGAACAUAAUGCGUACGUCAAUCGAUACUGCCCGAAAGAGAGGCUGCUCGUUAUGAAUGUCAAGGAUGGAUGGGCGCCUCUCAUCAAAUUUUUGGAAUUGAAACAGCCGGAUGCGGAAUUUCCGUUCAGAAAUAAGGGUGGCCAGGUCAACGAACUCAUGGAAGACAUGAUGCCUGCCCACACAAAUCGUUGCAAACUUGAGGUCGGCCUAGUCCUCGUCUUGAUCUUUCUUUUGCCAUUUGCAGUGUCGUACUACCUCAACUUCAUUGUGCAAUCCUACAAACUUCAAUGA